AUGCAAUGCGAAUGCAAUGGUCAACAGCAAUUGUCCACUUCAGCUCAUAAUGUGUUCAGUUUGAACAGAAAUGCUGCAGACCAAUGUCCACCUUGCUUUGACUGUCAUUUAGCAAUAUAUCCCUGCAUCAACUUUGGAAAUUGCUCCGAUAUUUCCGGUCGUUGUGAUUGUCCUAUUGGAUUCGGCUUGAAUAAUUGCUCUCAGCCCUUAUGUGGAGGUCUUGCUACACCAACUCGGCAUGCACGUUUACCCGAUCAAGCCAAAUGCGAUUGCCUUCCAGGAUGGACGGGUGUUCAUUGCAAUGUUUGUGAAACCGAUCGAGCUUGUGAUAGUUUGGUUCCUGGUGGACAAAACGGAACUUGCUACAACAGCAUGCAUCCUGUGAAAAACAAUCAUGUUUUGUGUGAUGUUACCAAUAAAGCCAUUGUAGACACACUUAAAGGCAAAAAACCGCAACUUACUCUAAAUUGUGACAAGGAAUCGUCUGUUUGUGAAUUUCAGUUUUGGGCUGCAGAAGUAGAAAGCUUUUAUUGCAAAAUGCAAGAGUGUUCCUUUACUCAAGAGCACACUCCCACCUUAAAUAUAACUACAUUCGAGUGUCCGCACAUGCAGUGCAGGUGUUUUCCUGAAAGGCUUCUUUGUGAGUCCAACGGCUUGGAUUUUACGGAAUGGUUUAAUGAUGCUCAAGAAGGUCCUAAUGGUCCAGGCACAUUUACUUGUGAAGAAAGUAUUACUGAUACCAACGUGCAUCGAACUUGUAGAUUUAGUGAACCACAUAUGAAUGAGGUCAUUUCUCAGUUUUUUGGCGAUCCCUAUAUUAAGCUGGAGUGCCCCAAGGCUGGAGAAUGCAUGCACUAUACUCAGAUUCCUGGAUACACUCGACCUGAAUUUAACUCAAACUUUUCUCCUAUGCUGAUUGCGCUUAUGUCUGUGAGUGGGUUUGGUCUUGUUGUAGUCGUCGUCGGCAGCCUUGUUUGGCUUCAGCGAAAAGCUGAUGCCUCUCAUGCUGGAUAUCUCCAUAUUGUAUCUGAUGACCCCCAAUCUGAAGCUCCAUGCGAAGAAAUGAUGUCUGAUCAUGUUCCAUGUACGAUUCAAUUUCGUAAUCUAAGCUAUGCCAUUGAUACCAAUCGAUUGCAAAAAAUGGUUGUAUUGGAAGAAGUUCAGGGUGUGGUACGUCCAGGUCAAGUCAUGGCUAUCAUGGGUGGAUCUGGUGCAGGAAAAACCACGCUUUUAGAUAUUCUUGCACGUAAAAACAAGAGUGGCAUGGUAUCAGGCGAAAUUUUGAUCAAUGGACGAUUUAUGGAUAAUGAUGACUACAAGUCAAUCAUUGGAUAUGUGGAUCAAGAAGAUACUCUCAUGGAUACCCUGACCGUAUAUGAGUCUAUUUUAUACUCUGCUCUAUUACGACUUCCCGAAUCCAUGACAUAUGAUGCUAAAAUCAAACGGGUUGAAGAAACGAUGCUUGAGUUGGAUAUUUUGGCUAUUGCAAAUCGUCGUAUUGGAAGUGCAGGAAAGCGUGGAUUAUCUGGUGGUGAGAAGCGACGAGUUUCUAUUGCAUGCGAGCUUGUGACAAGUCCCAGUAUUUUGUUUCUAGACGAACCUACGUCAGGUCUUGAUACAUACAAUGCAUAUAAUGUGAUUGAAUCAUUGGUAUCUUUGGCGCGAGACUACCAGCGCACAGUGAUAUUUACGAUUCAUCAACCGCGCUCCAACAUCUAUGCUUUGUUUGAUCAAUUAGUACUUCUUGCCAAAGGUCGAGUUGUAUAUUCUGGCUCAGCACAAGAAGCUGUGAUUGAUCAUUUUGUACAUCUUGGAUUUGAGUGCCCGCUUGGAUAUAACAUUGCCGACUACCUUGUCGAUCUUACCAUGCAUGUUGGAGGUAAGAACGAGCAAGAGGACAGUGAUACUGCAACAGAAGUAAGCCGACCUCCCGACUCUCCCACUUCACCAGAUCAUAGUGAGCAGAUGUAUACCAGUGUUCAAACCAGCCCAGCGCAUUCCCAUGGACGACACCGAUCUACUAUUCGAGCAUUGCAAGAAACGUUGUUGUUUUCUCGCAAAUCGCGGUCGGAUGCAGGAUCGCCUUGUCUACUUUCCGUUUCAUUAACAAUGUUGCCUGAUAUAAGCAACUGGACUGCUUUGAGUAUUCAGCGAUGGUUCAAGAGUGUAUUUGUUAAUCGAAACCAAAGAAGUAACGUAAGUAUGCGUUCAACCCAACAGCGCCAGCGUGCAUCCUGGUGGAUCCAGUUCAAGAUUCUUUCUGGUCGAUCAUUUAAAAACCUUUAUCGCAAUCCAGAUCUUCUUCGUACCCAUUAUAUCAUUAGUGUUGUUAUUGCACUUAUUUGCGGCUUUUUGUUCUGGAAGAUUGACAACACGCUUGCUGGGUUUCAGAAUCGUCUCGGUGUCAUGUUUUUUAUUUGCGCAGUGUUUGGAUUUGGAUGUUUGUCAUCUAUGCAGAUUUUUGCAGCCGAGAGGUUGAUAUUUGUUAGAGAAAGAGCAAAUCGAUAUUACUCGCCCAUUACCUAUUUUAUUCCCAAGAUAUUAUUUGAUAUGUUACCGCUUCGAGUUCUUCCGCCUUUAAUUCUUGGUCUGAUAUGCUACCACAUGAUUGGUCUCCGUCCAGACACGUUUCUUCUUCUUCGCUUUCUCCUCGUGCUAGUGCUAUUCAAUCUUACGGCGGCAGCAGCAUGUUUGGCGAUCAGUAUUAUAUUCAAGGAUGUGGCGGUAGCAAGUUUAAUUGCUACUCUUGUGAUGCUUUUUGAGAUGCUAUUUGGUGGACUGCUGCUCAACAAAUCAUCGAUUCCUCCUGCGUUUCAGUGGAUGCAACGAAUUAGCUUUUUUAACUAUGCGUUUGAAGCACUGGUAGUCAAUGAAGUAAAUGGGCUUUCGCUUUUGGAGGAAAAGUUUGGACUCAAGAUUGAUGUUCCUGGAUCAGUUAUUUUACAGGCGUUUGGGCUUGAUGCACUUGGAUACUGGGAAGAUGUCAAGCUUUUGGGUAUCAUGUGUAUGGUGUUUAUUGGGAUUGCAUUUAUAUGGCUACAGCUUUUUGUUCGAGAGCGUCGUUGA